AUGUCUAACUACAACACCAACCUUCCGAAGUUACGCAUUACCCGCCACCCGAUCGAUCCUCAAACCGGUCGGCCCGCCCGCAUCCCAUCAUCCUCGCCAGCACCUGCUCGUCCAAUGCGGGUGGUACGUCUCAGGGUGUCGCCAGACGACUACAAUCAACCCGGAGCCGAAGUGCUCCACCGGUCGUCAGCCUCCGCCCAGCCACCCGUGGUGAAAACCUCCAGCUUGCCGCAGAGACAGCUGGCCACGUCUGUCGAGGACACAGACCCUUUCGUUGAGCCCAAGAAAGCACCCGUCGUACGACCAUUCUGGAGAGCUCAGGGGGUACCCACGACAAUCGACAGGCUCAAGGUCGAGUUCGCCACAGACCCAGUUUUGGGACCAGUCUAUGGCCCACAUGUCGCAUGGAUGGAGGAAGAGAAAUGCCGUCGACUUUCUCAGCCAAAACCUUCUCCUCCAAUGCCGAUCCCCACAUGUCGCCAGCCGCCGCCUCCUCCUCGCCAACGGUCACCCACUCCUCGCCGCAGAUGCCCGGUGCCAGACUUGACUGACACGCCUUCAAACACCUACGAAGCCUCAUCAGCUUCGUCCAUGGCGUCGGAGUUUGUUCACUCCGUUCGGGACAUCACCCACACCCUGUCGGAGCCAGUGUACGAAUCGACCGGAUACUUGACGACAACUCAAUCAGUGGAGCUUCGAACAUCCGAGUUCGACACAUUCGACAACUUUACCAGUGUCGGACAUGGUUGGAGCCCUACCACUUCGUCGACUGUAUCCUCUCGGUCCGCCUCACACCAUUCCUCAUCGCAUCGUUCCGUCUCCAGCCAAGCUACAAGGUCCAGUACAUCCGACCCAGCUUCGGACAGUCAAGAGGAAGACGGUUACGAAUCCGACGACACUGAGUUCCUAUGGUUGAAAGCGGCACUGAAGCUCUUGAAGGGACUGUCACGUGAAGAUCCCGACCGCCGCCUAGUUCUUGCGGCGAUCAAAAGACGCUGUCGGAAGUCUCCAGAAGCUCUUGAGGUCAAGUGCACUGACCUCGCUUCACAAAGUCAAACUGAAGACAAGUCCGAGUCGGACGACAGCGUUGAGAUCGAAGACAACUCGGCAUGGGAGCGGCAAUACGACUACUACAAGCAGGAGAUGCCGGCCCAGCCUUCUCAGGUGGAAUCGCGGCCCGUUUCGCGUUGCUCGUCUUUCUCAGGAGCUCCGGACGCGGAGUGUACUGACCUGGCUUCUGAGUAUCAAUCGGAAGUCGACAAUCAAUCCGAAGACGACGACGCAAACGACGCAGAUGAGACCGAUGACAAGUCGACGUGGCAGAGCGAGUACGAGGCGUAUAGGCGAGACCGGGAAGCUUCGCGGAGGGAAGUGGAAGACAACUCGGAUGACAAUGACGACACAAUCUCUCGCGCGUCAACCUGUCAUCUCUGUGGCGACCUGACUUGUCAGGACCCGCACUGCAUGCGGCGUCAAGGCCGACUCCCUUCCCCCAAGCUCGAGAUCACACCAGAACGGCAGGCCGAGAUUGACAACGACCCCAUGUUCGAGGCAUUCGAGCGCGAAGCCUCAGCCAGAUACCUUGCUGACCAAGCCGAACGUGCCCGAACUGCUGCACCUCUGCCUCCGCCACGCCUGCGCCAGCCUGAAGCUCGGAUUCCGACCAUUCCAGACAAUCACGAUUCGGAAGAAGACACGACCGGUAGCAUCACUGCACGCCUCAAUUCAAUCACGGGUUCUUUCCGGAUGGCGUUGGAUGCUAUCAGGGCACGGAUCGUUUCGGCGUUCCGCUUCGGUCGUUCUUGA